UAGGCGCCGGCCCGAGCGUGCGGCCGCUCCUUCCGCGGCCCACCCCGGGUCUCUAUGGUGGCAGGCAGGCAGGCCAGCCCGGGAAGAAGCGCGGCGGGGAGGCGGGAAACACUAGGUGUUGUGCAAGUGUCCUCUGAAUUCCACCUGGGAUGGCAGAGGACCAGGAGCCAGUACUGCCACAAAAUACUUCUUUGAAGCCUUUGGUCAAGGACAGUUCCAGCAACACAUACCGUAGUGCUCAGCACUCCCAGACUUUGCUGAGUGGUUUAGUUGCUCUCCGGGACAGUGGCAUCCUCUUUGAUGUCAUCCUGUUUGUAGAGGGGAAGCCGAUUGAAGCGCAUCGUAUCCUUCUGGCUGCGUCAUGUGAUUACUUCAGGGGAAUGUUUGCCGGCGGACUAAGAGAAAUGGAACAGGAAGAAGUCCAUAUUCAGGGUGUAUCUUAUAAUGCUAUGUGUAAAAUCCUGAACUUCAUAUAUACUUCUGAACUGGAACUUGGCCUAAACAACGUGCAGGAAAUACUAACAGCGGCCUGCCAACUUCAGAUCCCUGAGGUCAUCGGGUUCUGCUGCGAGUUCCUCAUGUCCUGGGUGGAUGAGGAGAACAUCUUGGAUGUGUACAGACUCGCUGAUCUCUUUGACCUGAGCCAAUUGAGUGAGCAACUGGAUUCCUACAUUCUGAAGAACUUUGUCACUUUCUCAAAGACUGAAAUGUACCGCCAGCUUCCCCUGGAAAAGGUCUACACCCUCCUCAGUAGCAACGCCUUAGAGGUCAGCUCUGAGAACGAGGUCUACGAAGGGGCCCUCUCUUACCAUUACACACCAGAGCAAGUGGAGAUGGAUCAGGUCUCCUUGAUGGAGCCUCCGAAGCUGCUGGAGACAGUCCGUUUCCCGCUGAUGGAGCUCCAUGUCCUCCAGAGACUCCAUGACAAGCUGAGUCCAUGCCCAUUAAAGGAGACUGUGGCCAGUGCACUGAUGUACCACAAGAACGAGGGCCUCCAGCCAGUGCUUCAGAACACACACACACAACUGAGGUCGGAGUUCCGCUGUGUGGUGGGCUUUGGGGGGAUGCACUCGACUCCCUCCACAGCUCUCAGCAACCAAGCCAGGUACUUGGACCCCAUGCUAGGAGAAUGGAGGCAUUUCACAGCCGCCUUGUCCCCCAGGAUGUCCAACCAGGGAAUUGCUGUUCUCAACAACUUUGUGUACUUAAUUGGGGGAGAUAAUAAUGUACAAGGCUUUCGAGCAGAAUCCAGAUGCUGGAGGUAUGACCCACGACACAACAAGUGGUUCCAGAUCCACUCCCUCCAGCAAGAGCACGCAGACCUCUGCGUCUGUGUUGUGGGCGAGUAUAUCUAUGCCGUGGCAGGACGGGACUACCAUGAAGACCUGCGGGAGGUGGAAAGAUACGACCCCAAAACCAACAGCUGGGAAUAUGUGGCAUCGCUCAGGAAGGAGGUGUACGCACAUGCAGGUGCAGAGUUGGAAGGAAAGAUGUACAUCACCUGUGGGAGGCGAGGAGAGGACUACCUGAAAGAGCUGAAUUGCUAUGAUCCUAUGGUUGAUCGCUGGGACAGCUUAGCUGACGGUCCUGUCAGGAGGGCAUGGCAUGGGAUGGCCGCACUGCUGGGGAGGCUGUACGUGAUCGGAGGCAGCAACAAUGACUCUGGCUAUAGAAGAGAUGUCCACCAGGUUGCCUGCUAUAGCCCAAGCACUGCUCAGUGGACUACAGUCCGUCCUCUGCCUUCUGGCCAUGGCGAACCUGGCAUUGCCAUCCUGGGACACCUGAUCUACGUCUUGGGGGGUAGAUCUCAUAACCGUGGGAUCCGCAUGGACUAUGUCCACAUCUACGAUGCUGAGAGAGACAGCUGGGAAGAAGGUCCUCAGUUAGAGGAUGACAUUUCUGGGAUGGCGGCCUGUGUCCUCACACUGCCAAGGGCUGUUCUGAUGGACACUGAGAGUCAGGCCUCUGACUGGCAGAAUCACCCAAACAUGAUUCCAGAAGUCAUGUGUGUAUUAGGGUGGGAGGAGUUUGAUCAUUUGAGUGACAAUUAGGUGGAGGGGUUUUUGCCCACUGCAGUGAACUAGGUGACGUGAGAGCCCCACACUUUUGCCACUAAGCCAUGCUCGCUGGCCAGCUGAAGGCGGCCUGGUCCCCUCGGCAGUGGCUGUGCAGGGCCUGCUUCCCAGGAGGCCCACAAGCAGCUGCUCUGGCAGGCUCUGUGGAUCUCUUGCCAGCGCCAUUUCCCUCAGAUGCC